UGAUAGUGUAAGACACGCUGCACUGACCGGUCAUGUCUUUCUACAAACCAACAGUAAACGCAAAUCUCAACAAGACCCUCAUCGUUCCUAUCGUAUCCACUGCUAACGUCUCUCAGCUCGCUGCCGACCUUCUCAUCGCAUCGCUUUCUCUCCAUUCAUUAGGGGCUUUUGACCCUUCUUUCUUCAUUCCUGCCGUAGGCGGAAAGGAGGACGGUGACGACGGUAUAAGCACACCAUUUGAAUUAUACGGCAGGGAUGAUGUAGAUCUGCUUGUCCUCCAGCAACGGUCUCCAACACUCAAAUCACGAAAACAAGAGUUCGUAGACGCUUUGCUCAAUUUCUUCAUUGAAUACAGAGUCUCGUCUGUCAUUCUCCUCUCUGGCGUUGACCUGUCGAACAGGACUGAUGCCCAGAUGAUGACACCGAUCUACUAUAUCCAACCCCAAAACACUCCUUCUUUCUCAUUUCGCGAUCUAAGGAUACCAAAAUACUCAUCUCCGGUCCCACAAUGGCCACAGGACGAGAAUGACGAGCCGGAUAUCCCCUUUAUUCCUGGAGGUGGCUUGACGCGUCGGACUCUAGCAUCCUUACCUCGAGAAUGGAUCAUUCCUACAGUGGCAUUACUUCAGUUUGUCUUGGAAGGCGAUAAUAGAGCGGACGCGCAUAUGCUGGCCAUCGUCGCCACAAAGGUGGCUGGGAUAGAGUCUCAUAUUGGGGAAUUGAAGCAACCCAGUAGCUGGAACCAAGGCCUAUUUGGGACGCCGCAUGAUCAGACAUUGUAUGGAUGAAGUUCAAGAAUUUGCCGUACUAGAGAGCAUAACUUGUACCGUGGUGCCCUCCAAUUAUUUACACGAGUCAAAGAUGUAUAUUGUACCACACCAUCUCUAGAUGCAACGAAGAAUGCCGUAUCUUCAACGUUUUCCUGUUAU